CCGGGACUGAACCUCUUUGAUCUUUGACAAGGUGAGAGACCUUACAGCCCAACUGUUAUUGCGAUUCGCCAUACCGUUCCAGAAUUCCAGACCAGCUUGUGAUCAGGAUCGCGCACCGAACUAGCAGAUCACAAUGUCGAACCCGGCCGAGGCCAAUCGUACGGCGUUGGACCGGCUCAAAUCGGCUAUCAAAGCGAAAAGACUCGCAGAUGAAUCAUUGGCGCAGAUGGAGCUCUCGAUAGCGAAUCUGGAGUCUAAUUAUCUGAGAGAGACUAGCGGAACGGGGAACAUCAUCAAGGGCUUCGAGAAUUACCUGAAACCGACAGCUGCUCAGCUUCAGCGACGGAAUCAUCCGGUGGUCAACGACGAUGAUCGGUUGUUCAGCGGGAGUAGCACGACGUAUGAGCUGUCCAUGCAGCUUUUACAGAACAAAGCCGAUGAGGAAGCUCGCCGAGCGGAACAGAAACAAGCAGCUCUUGAAGCUCGAGAAGCGGCUCUAGCAGCAUCGGGACAUGAGCCAGUGACAGGGGGCCAGAAGAAACGCAAGCGAGAGCGAGAAGAGAGCGUGGCUACCGGAGAUGGAGAGAGCGUACGACCGAGUGGGAACCGGAAAAAGAAUCGAGGUGGAGAUGAUGAUUGAUCGAUUCACGACACACGGGAACAUAUUUACAGUUGUAUCGAUAGGUCUUGGGGACACCAGUUGUAAAGCAGUCAGUAAGAGUGCAGUCAAGAACGAAGCAAGAUGGACGUCGGUAUUAUACGAUAGUAAGGACGACA